AUUAAAUUAAUAGAUUGUUAUGACAGAGAGAUGUCUCAUUUCCGGGCAAAGGGAUCCAAUAUCUCUAUAAAACUGCCUCUGUCCCCAGGAUCUUCAUUCCCUCCUCUUGCUUUCCUCUCAGCCUUGGGUCAUCCCAAAACACAACGAUGUGCUCCCGCCAGGAGAAGGAUCAGUGCCACUCGCAGGAGCACUACACUCCCCAGGCCAGCGGCGGCUGUCACAGCUCUGGUGGUGGUUGUCACAGCUCUGGUGGUGGCGGCUGUCACAGCUCCCGCAGCAGUGGUGGCUGUCAUAGCUCCCGCAGCAGCGGUGGUUGUCACAGCUCCAGUGGUGGUGGUGGCUGUCACAGCUCCGGCGGCAGCAGCGGUGGCUGUCACAGCUCCGGCGGCAGCGGUGGCUGUCACAGCUCCGGUGGCAGCGGUGGCUGCCAUGGGAAGCCACAGGUCCCAUGCCAGCAGCAGCAGCAGCAGCAGAUCCACCAGAUGCCUUCACAGAAGAUGAAGUGAGAGGAUGUCCUGCACACCCUGGCUCCAGCAGCAGAGGCCACACACGGAUCAGCUCCCUCCGUCCUCCCCAAAGCUUUGCAAGCCCCAGAGCUGCCAGGCUGCAAACCCUGUCCUCUGCCUUCCAGGACCAUUACUCCCUGGGGAAAGGUCAUCAUUUGUGAAUCCCUGCUGCCUCCAUCUGAUGCGCCAGGCUGUGCUUUGGUCCCAUGAGACAAUAAAGCAUUACAUUUCUGAGACCUC